AUGUUUUCUCUUAGAAAUCUUCCUUCGCUUGCACCGUUUGUCUCAGCCUACGCAUCAUUGACGGGAUACGUCAUGAUGAUCAAACCAUUUCUUGAGAUGACAAUUCCACCUCCGUUACAAAACUACAUGAUCUCUUAUCUCAAUUCUUUCUUGCACUCUACUCCAUCGACUCUCACGCUCAUCAUCGAUGACCAUAUCAAGAAUGGGAUGUAUAACGAGCUCUACGGGGCUGCUCAGGUUUAUAUUUCUACCAAGGUCAACCACAACGCGGAAAGGCUAAGGAUCUCUAGAGACCGCAGUGAGAAAAACGUCAAUAUACACUUCAGCGUAGGAGAGGUUGUCUCGGAUAUCUACCAAGGCAUUGAGGUCAAGUGGCGGUUUUGUGUUGACAGCAAUAAGAGCAAUAUGGUUCAUUAUUUUGGGGAACAUUUUAAGCUAAACCCCGAUCGGGAGUGCGUUGAGCUUAGCUUUGAAAAGAAACACACAGAGUUGGUCUUGAAUUCUUAUAUACCUUACGUGGAGAGCAAGGCAAAGGUGAUCAACAACGAGAGGAAAAUCCUCAAGAUGUACUCCUACUGUUGUAUGUAUCUAAAAUGGCAAUCCGUGAACCUCGAGCACCCGUCAACAUUUGACACCAUGGCUAUGAACGAAGAGCUAAAGCGGUCUGUGAUGGGAGAUCUUGACCGGUUCAUCAGAAGGAAAGAUUUUUACAAAAGAGUUGGGAAACCUUGGAAAAGGGGUUACUUGCUGUAUGGACCACCUGGGACUGGGAAGACUAGCCUAGUUGCAGCCAUUGCUAACUACCUCAAGUUUGAUAUCUAUGAUCUCCAGCUUGCAAGCGUGAGGGAGGACGCUGAUCUAAGGAGAUUACUUCUCGGUACUACCAACAGCUCCAUUCUUUUAGUAGAAGAUAUAGAUUGCGCCGUGGAUUUGCAUACAAGGUUGCAACCUAAGACUCAAGAUGAUACUAAGGGAUCAUCAAUGUUGACAUUGUCAGGGCUCUUAACUUGCAUAGAUGGGUUAUGGUCGAGCUGUGGAGAUGAACGCAUUGUAAUCUUCACCACAACCCACAAGGAGAGGCUCGAUCCGGCAUUGCUUAGGCCAGGACGUAUGGAUAUGCAUAUUCACAUGGGACAUUGUUGUUUUGAUGUAUUCAAGACUUUGGCAUCUAACUACUUGGGCUUGUCUCACGAUGACCCUCACCAUCUUUACCCGGAAAUCGAGCGUUUGAUAAAAGGAGAAGUGUUGACUCCAGCUCAAGUUGCAGAGGAGCUAAUGAAAAAUGAGGAUCCUGAUGUGGCGCUCGAGGGUUUGGUUAAGGUUCUCAAAAGGAAGAGGUUAGAGUUGGAGAAGUAUGAUGGAGAAACUGGAAGAGGAGGAUUGAGGAAACCGGAAUUGCAAUUCUUUUUAUGA